AUGCCUGGCAUGAAGCCCAAGUUGGAGAAGCUCUCCACGCCGCUAACGGCAACGUUUCCGUCCGAAAUCACCUCUGCCUGCUCAGCCACUCCUCUUUCGGCCGCGACGCUCCAGAGCAAGCUUGAGCCGGAUUUGGUCAAGACGCCCAUUAGCCCUCCAUCCGCGUACACAGAUUUCUUGUCAAAAGCCAUGGCGCUGAACUCUCCGUCACCAACAUCGGGGACCUCGAGCCCGGACUCUUUGAAGAGUAGCCUAGAGACCGAACAUGUGGCUCGUUUGCCCAAGGUCGACGAGUCGUCGCCCCCUUCGACAGCAAGCAGCAGCAAGCCAUCUCCUCCCGGGACGGCGCCGAUAGUGCCGCCCAGUCCGUUCCCAACCUCGGCGCCAAUGUCGGCGCCCCCAACCGGCAAUGCCUCAUUCCCAAGCCUCAAACUACCGCCGAGCCCCGCCAUCUCUCAUCUUGACUCUCCUCUGAGUGCAAGCACCGUCCGCUCUCCUUUUAGUGCAAGAUCUGUUCACUCAGUCUUUGACUGGGACGCCGCAUUAAAGGCCAGAUUCUCGGACAAGAGGCAAAAGCCCUCACGCACCAGUGUUCGGCAUAUACGGGAAGUCGUCACCAGAACCGUCACUUACACGCCUCGAAUGGAUCCUGCUCCACGGCGCAAAAGACCCAAGGUGGAGGUGGCUAGCGACUGA